UCCGCCGCCCUCCAGUUCGCCGGGCCCCCGCCGUCAGCCCGCCGGAUCCCGCCGCUGCCGGAGCCGCAGCGUUUCCCGUCGCAUCUCCGAGCCACCCCCCUCCCUCUCCCUCCUUCCCAUCCCCCCUUCUUUUCAAGCGUGAGACUCGUGAUCCUUCCGCCGCUUCCCUUCUUCAUUGACUCGGAAAAAAAAUCCCCGAGGAAAUUAUAAUAUUCAAAGUACUUAUUUUCAAUCAAGUAUUUGCCCCCGUUUCACGUGAUAUAUAUUUUUUAAGAUUAUCCCCUCCCUUUUUCCCCUCCAAGGAAAGGGAGGGGAAAGAACUGUAUUUUUUUCCCAGUCCCAAAUCAUCUAUAUGUUAAAUAUCCAUACUGAUUUGUCUUGAAGGAGAAACAUCGCUUGUUUUUUUAUAGCUGUACAAAAGGAGUGAAAAGCCGAGAGGAAGAAGUCUAUUUUUUUUUCCUUCUUGUGGAAGAACUUAAUGCUGCAUUUAUCAUUAACCUAACACCCCAACAUAAAACAAAAGGAAGAAAAGGAGGAAGGAAGGAAAAGAGGGUGAUUCGGGAAGAGAGUGAUCAUGUCAGGGCGGCCCAGAACCACCUCCUUUGCGGAGAGCUGCAAGCCAGUGCAGCAGCCUUCAGCUUUUGGCAGCAUGAAAGUUAGCAGAGACAAAGAUGGCAGCAAGGUAACCACAGUGGUGGCAACUCCUGGGCAGGGUCCCGAUAGGCCACAAGAAGUCAGCUAUACAGACACUAAAGUGAUUGGAAAUGGGUCAUUUGGUGUGGUAUAUCAAGCCAAACUUUGUGAUUCAGGAGAACUGGUUGCCAUCAAGAAAGUAUUGCAAGACAAGAGAUUUAAGAACCGAGAGCUCCAAAUCAUGAGAAAGCUAGAUCACUGUAACAUAGUCCGAUUGCGUUAUUUCUUCUACUCAAGUGGUGAGAAGAAAGAUGAAGUCUAUCUUAAUCUGGUGCUGGACUAUGUUCCGGAAACAGUAUACAGAGUUGCCAGACACUAUAGUCGAGCCAAACAGACGCUCCCUGUGAUCUAUGUCAAGUUGUAUAUGUAUCAGCUGUUCCGAAGUUUAGCCUAUAUCCAUUCCUUUGGAAUAUGCCAUCGGGAUAUUAAACCACAGAACCUCUUGUUGGAUCCUGAUACAGCUGUCUUAAAACUCUGUGACUUUGGAAGUGCAAAGCAGCUGGUCCGAGGAGAACCCAAUGUUUCGUAUAUCUGUUCUCGGUACUAUAGGGCACCAGAGUUGAUCUUUGGAGCCACUGAUUAUACCUCUAGUAUAGACGUAUGGUCUGCAGGUUGUGUGUUGGCUGAGCUGUUGCUAGGACAACCAAUAUUUCCAGGGGACAGUGGUGUGGAUCAAUUGGUGGAAAUAAUCAAGGUCCUGGGGACACCAACAAGGGAGCAAAUUAGAGAAAUGAACCCAAACUACACAGAAUUCAAAUUCCCUCAAAUUAAGGCACAUCCUUGGACUAAGGAUUCGUCAGGAACAGGACAUUUCACCUCAGGAGUGCGGGUCUUCCGACCCCGGACUCCACCGGAGGCAAUUGCACUGUGUAGCCGUCUGCUGGAGUAUACACCAACUGCCCGAUUGACACCACUGGAAGCUUGUGCACAUUCAUUUUUUGAUGAACUAAGGGACCCAAAUGUCAAACUACCAAAUGGGCGAGACACACCUGCACUCUUCAACUUCACCACUCAAGAACUGUCAAGUAAUCCACCUCUAGCUACCAUUCUUAUUCCUCCUCAUGCUCGGAUUCAAGCAGCUGCUUCAACCCCUCCAAAUGCCACAGCAGCCUCAGGUUGAAAACCCUUCUAACAGAAAAGGGAAUCAUGAUAGGAGUUGGACAAGAUGCUAAUGCUGGAGACCGUGGACAGACCAACAGCGCUGCUUCUGCAUCAGCUUCCAACUCCACCUGAACAGCCCCAGCGGCCAGCUGCACAGGAAAAACCACCAGUUACUUGAGUGUCACUCAGCAACACUGGUCACGUUUGGAAAGAAAAUUAAAAAGAGAAAAAAAACCUGCUCAUUUUAGUGUUCAAUUUUUUUAUUAUUAUUGUUGUUCUUAUUUAACCUUGUAAAAUAUCUAUAAAUACAAACCAAUUUCAUUGUAUUCUCACUUUGAGGGAGAUCCAGGGGGUGGGAGGGGUUGUGGGGAGGGAAGCGGAGCACUAGAACACACAAUCUCUCUCCCACGACAAUCUUUUUUAUCAAAAGUCUGCUGUUGUAUACUUUAAAAACAGGACUCCUGCCUCAUGCCCCUUCCACAAAGAAGAAGACUUUGUUCUGUGCUGAAGUUUUUUUGAACUUUGUUUUCUUUUCAAGUCAAGUGUAAGACUUUGGGCUAGUGCACAGCUUGAAAUUGGUUGGGAGCUUUAGCAGGUAUAACUCAGUGGGGACUUAAAUGUCACUUGUAAAAUUAAUCCAUAUCCUCUGGUAUUUGAAGACUUGCCUUUGGCAUAUUGGUGGCAGGUGUGGCAGACAAAAGGAAAUGUGUAUCAUUUGUAUGUAACCCAGGGAGGUCAAUAAAGUUUGAAGAUUCUUAAUUGACUUGAUAAGGUCUUGUUUUGCUCGUAAUCAGUGCUAGUGGUGAAGAAACUCAAGAGGAGGCGAUCAGAGGAGCAAGCGUGCUCCGAGUGCAGGUCUUUGUUUGCCUGACUGAAGGUUCUCUGCAGAUCUUAGUACAGUUUAACCUAGUGGCCUAGGAGAAGGCUGAGAGGGUGUUGAGCCAGUCACUCUGGCUGCAGCGGUCAAAAGCUGAUGAACCUGGAGGAAGGGCACAGGCCAAGGCCAGAUCUCAGCACUGUGAAAGAAUUUGUCCAGACUUGUUUCUAAAGUUGCUUCCCUUGGAAAGAGACACUUGAGAGAGGACAUUUUAGUUAAAUAAUGUGAACUGUAACAGUCUACUGGUUUAUUUUUCAUAUUUUUUAAUUACAAAUUGAGCUUGCAGAAAUUGCCACAUUCUGCACAUAGUUCUAAUUUUAAAUCCAAAUCUAGAAAUCUGUAUUUAAUUUCAGCUUUUUUUAACCUCAUGCUUUUAAAUUUUUAUUUAUUGAUGUAUGUCAGAUAGACCAUUAUGAUUUUAGAUGGUAGGAAUUUUAAGAACUACACAUCAAAAUGGUAUAAACAGUCACGUGUACUGCUGACUUUAUAGGAAAGCUGAUUAUAUAAAUGUGUGUAUGUAUAUAUGUUAUAUAUACAUAGAUUCAAUACUGCCUUUUAUUUUUGUUUUUGUCCACAGUAUCAAAAUCAACUGGUUGAAGCAUGAGAAGAAGAAUGUUUCCCCCCACACCCAGUUAAGAGUUUUUGUUCUGUUCUCUUUGUGUAUCAGUGAACGGUGUAAGACUCAGUCUCUGUUUUUGAAGAAAAAGCAAUAUUCCGUGGAAAGCAAAGAGGAUUGAAGGAUUAUGUUUGCAGUGAGGAAAUAGAUUUUCACAACUAGUUUGUUUUAUACUUUUAAGGUUGCCAUCUUUGUGGGCCUUAUAUACUCGAAAAUGAACCUUAGUCACCUUGGUGCUUAUGGGCCAUUACUUGACCUAUGAAUCUUUAAGGCACAAUCAGUUGUACUUUACAUUUAAAGAUCACUUGAGUGAUGGCCGCCUUUCCUUUCUACCACUCUUUCCCUACACACCUUCCAAGGUUAGCUGAUGACUGCAGGGCUGAGGAGCUGAGCCCUAGACUGUGUGUAGCCUCCCUUCACCCUCAUUGCCACCUGAGGUCAUGUUCGGGAUCUUGCGCCCUCCCUGUGAUUGGGAAGUGGAGUCUCUUGACGGCCCUCACGCAGGUCCCAGUUCCCUGUCCUGCUUCUUAACCAAGUAUGUGUGACUCUCCAAGAGAGUCCUACUGCCUGCUGAAGUGAACCAGUACCCGGAAGGGCAACUGUGAGCCGUCUUAGUUUUCACUCACUGUUUAGCUAAGCUCUUAGGCCACAAAAAGGGUUUCUCAAACCUCUGGUUGUAUCAGAGUUCGUGAGAAAGGAAACACACUCGGUCAAACCAAAUCAAACAAAUUGACUUUUACAUUUUCUAAUGGGCUUCUGAGAGCUAAUUAAGAUUUGAAAGAAGUCUGAAUCAAAGUAUUUGGCUGGGUAAUUCCUAAAGGGAAUGGCUUUGAUAGACCAUUUUCAGAAAAGAUUUAUAAAGAAGCUGAACAGCAGGUCUCUGACAGAGAAGUAAACCUGCUUUCACACCAGACUGCCCAGCCAAACAUUUGGACACAGACACUACUCUGGACUUGGUAUACCCACUAGAGUCCAUAAAAAUCUGUGCUUGUUUUGGGAAACACUCCCCCCUCCUUUGCCCCCAUAAUUGGGGUAAGAGAAGAAGAGAGAAAAGUACAAUGCUUUUCUCUCAUUUUAUUGUGUGUGUGUGUGUGUGUGAGGGCUGAGGUGUGUGAUUUUUCUUUCUCAAGGAUCAUGGCGGUAUCACAGAACUCUUUUAUACAAGUGAGAUCCAGGUCUCUGAAUAUCUUUUUGUAAAUAAUAAUAAUAAUAAUAAUAAUAAUAAAAGCUCCUCACCAAAUUCAAGCUUGUACAUUAUAUUUUCUUUCAGUGUUUUUAAAUUUAAGUUUUAUUGUUUUGUAUGUAAAUAUGUGGACCCAGGAACUGUUAUUAAUGAGCAAAAAGUUACUGUUCAGGGCAGUGAUUCUGUUUAAUAAUCAGACAAAAUGUAGACGAGCUUUUUAAAGCCAUAUAGUUUUAACUCUGUACAGUAGGUACCGGCCUGUAUUAUUGUAACAAUAACUCUAGCAAUGUAUAGUGUAUCUAUAUAGUUUGGAGUGCCUUCGCUUCCAUGUGUUUGUUUUUUGUUUUUGUUUUUCAUUUUUUAAGUUUUAAUUGGUUUUUCUAUCCAUGUGUCCCUGUCCUGCCCCUUUCCCUUUGAAAUACUAGCUCGCUCCUAACAGUGUCUUUGCCCCUUCCACAGUUAACUUCAGUGAUACCAUGCUCAGGAGUGGAAAGAGGAAACCAUGUUCAUGAUCUCAUUUCAUUUAAGCCCUGCCUUGGUUUUGGUUCUGAACAGUUGUUUCCUCCUCAGUCAGUACCAGUGACGAGUUUCAUUUCAUACUUAAGUCCAUCCAGGGACUUAGUGUAGUGCCAGCGAGCCCUAGAUCUGGAAGAUACCGAAUAGAUUCGAGUUUGCUCAUCUCUUCCCCAAAUCCUAACCAUGGGUCUUACAGACAGCAGAUUCCGGGAGCCUUACAUGCCCUCCUCUUUAUCUGCUUCCCUCCUGAUAUAUAUAUAGAGAGAGAGAUGGUUUUAUAAAUCAGAGUUUCUUAAUAGUAUUGAGUUUUGAUACAUCAGUGGUCUAAAAUGCUACAGUGCAAUUAAUUACUAGCAGUUACUGCACUGAACUCCAGCGUGCUGAUAGAGGGCUGUCGUUGUAACAAGGGAACUUUUAGCUCAUCCCCUCCCUCCUGCCACCUCUACCCCUGUUUAGUAAAAUGUCAUUUUAAUUUCGUUCUUAAAAAAAUAAGUUUAAUUCUUACUGUGUGCCCAUCAUGAAGGCCUUUUUUGAAAGAAAAAAAUCAAAAUCAUUUGUUUUGCCUCCGAGUACUCCAUAUAAGAUGUCUUGAGUAGUAGAAAAAAAAAAACUUUACCAAACCAAAGGUUGCUAUUUUUGAAACAUCGUGUGUUCAUUCCAGCAAGGCAGAAGACUGCACCUUCUUUCCAGUGACAUGUUGUGUCAGUUUUUUAAGUCCUCUUAAUUUUUAGACACAUAUUUUUGGUUUGUGUUUUAACAAAGCCUACCUGACCAGUCAUCUUGUCUGCACCAAUGCAAAGGUUUCUGAGAGGACUACUGUAUUCUCUAUCCCUGUGGAUAUAAAGACACUGGCAUUUCAUUUCUUUUUCCCUUUCCUUUUUAAGGGAUUUAACUUUGGAAUCUUCCAAAGGAAGUUUGGCCAAUGCCAGAUCCCCAGGAGUUUGGGGGUUUUUUUCUUUGUUUUAAACCAAAAUUGUAUCUGAUUUCUAUUGUUGAUGUUAGUGAUCAUCUAAUCACAGAGCCGAACACUUUCUCCCCUAUAUAGAAAAAUAAAGUUAAGCAUGCUUUCCAAUAAAAUCUGUCUUUUCUAGUAGAAACCUGAGCCACUGAAAAUAAGAGAGAAAAGCAGAAUAGAGUCCCAGACUAAGGUCUACGUUUGAGAGGCUUUGAAAGUAAUCCCUGGGGUUUGGAUUAUUUUCACAAGGGUUAUGACGUUUUAUUCAUGUUUGUUGCUCCGUUUUGUACCUCUGCAAUAAAAGCAAAAUGACAACCAGUACAUAAGGAGUUAGCUUGACAAAGUAGACUUCCUUGUGUUCAUUUUUGUUUGUUUUUUUUUUCUUAUUAUAUCUGUCUACAGGCAGAUACAGAUAGAUGUAUGAAAAUGUGCUUGCCUGUAAAAUUUGCAUUUAUAAGUGUGUUGCCGAUGGAUCACUUGGGCCUGUACACAUACCAAUUAGCGUGACCACUUCCAUCUUAAAAACAAAUCUAAACAAAAUUUAUUAUAUAUAUAUAUAUAUAUAUAUAUAAAGGACUGUGGGUUGUAUACAAACUAUUGCAAACACUUGUGCAAAUCUGUCUUGAUAUAAAGGAAAAGCAAAAUCUGUAUAACAUUAUUACUACUUGAAUGCCUCUGUGACUGAUAUUUUUUUCAUUUUAAAUAUAAACUUUUUUGUGAAAAGUAUGCUCAAUGUUUUUUUUCCCCUUUCCCCAUUCCCUUGUAAAUACAUUUCGUUCUAUGUGACUUGGUUUGGAAAUAGUUAACUGGUACUGUAAUUUGCAUUAAAUAAAAAGUAGGUUAGCCUGGAAAUGAAAUUAAAA